AAUACAUAACGUAUGUGUUGUUUUGAUCCAAAUAUUCAUUUUUGAAAAGGCCGAGAAAGUAUUAAGCUAAGGCUGAUAAAAAUAUGACCCAGAAGUCUUCUGCAUUGAGAAAUCUAUUUGUAACAGUUGGAACAACGAAAUUUCCAAAGUUGAUCCAUUCUUUCACAAAGAAAGAGGUUUUAGACACUCUGAUAUCAUUGGGAAUUACAUUUGUUCAACUGCAGACAGGAAAGGACUUUACUGGGCCUAAACUUGAUCCUGAUAUGGAACAGUUGUGUUCAAUAAGAGCAGAAUUUGGAAGUACAAUUGUAGAGCGAAAUUGGGAAGAGUGACUUGGUGAUAAGCCAUGCUGGCGCGGGAACAUGUUUAGAAGUUUUACACAAAAAGAAACCUUUGUUAGUUGUUAUUAAUGAAGACUUGAUGGAUAAUCAUCAAAUAGAGUUAGCAGAAGAGUUGGAAAAUCAGGGAUAUUUGUAUCACUGUACAUGUUAUACAUUAGUUAGUGCUUUAAAACAAGAUUUUGGUUCUUUAAAACAUUAUCCAGAGCCUGGGCAGUACAUGUUUAGCAAUUUUCUGGAUACAUGUAUGGGGUAUAGGUGAUAAGUCAC